AUGGCGCCUGCCGGCGGCGGGGUAAAGGGAUUCUACCGGCAGACGAAGAAGAGAGGCGGCGUCGCGAAGCCAUCGACAUCGAGCAAGGGGUCCAAGAACAAGCCGCCCCAGCACUACACCACCCAAGAUGAAGGAUGCGGCGAGGAUCAGAUGUCGGCGGAGGAGGAGGAGCUGCGGCGAUUUGACAUUGACAUGAAGUACGGCCCGUGCAUCGGCGUCACGCGGCUCCGACGAUGGGAGCGCGCGGCAGUCAUGGGCUUGCGCCCGCCGCCUCAUAUCCACGACCUCAUGUUGCGUCGCGUCGAUCCUGCUGGUUGGUCGCCGUCCAGGUCUUCGGCGCCCAAGAACAGCGCUGGUACUGAUAGCCACCCUAGCAGCAGCGCAUCCUUGAAGCCGACGUCCCUACAGCUCCAGUGCAUCUGGGAAGGAAAAAUCUAA